GCUGUCGUAUGUUAAUAAACAAGCAAUUCGAAGUUGCAUAUUGGACCCUGAUUUAUUCUUCCAACCCUUUUUUUUUCUUUAAGAAUUUGGGAGGGCGGCAACUUCCGGAUAUUAUAGGUAAGUGAUAUCGUGCUGCCACAUGCUUAGAUACAAGCACUACCUCCUAAGAUAUGUACAAACAGUGGUAUCUACCUACCUAGGUAGAUACUUGGAGAUACUUCAUCCUUACUUAAGCGGUAUGUACUUAUAAUUGGGUCUUUGUUUGAGCUAAAAGCAACGCUAGCGGGUACAAUUCCGUCACCCCCCAAUCGCAGCGGUAGUCAGCCAUCCCACCACCUACACCUGCCGCAGCUUAUAUCGGUAGUCAGGGUAGUCAGAGGUACUUGAAAGAUACCUGUACUGGGGCACUUAGGCUUAGUUGCAUUCUUGCUCCCCUCCCCAAAACGAACUUCCAAUACAAACCACGACAAAACCUCCCACCUCUUUCGACCACAUCUUCUUCUCAACACCACCGUCCAUUCGCAAGCCCAACGGCACAGAGAAACCCGUCUGUUAAAGACUCGUUCCUUUGAUCGAGGAGACUUUCGUGUACUUCACCAUGAACCCUCACCAGAAGAACAAGGUUGACGUCAAGUCGCUCACCCCCGAUGAGCAACGCCUCUUCCGCCUGUACGGCAAGCUGCCGUCGAAAUCCGACCAUUUCGCCAAGCACCUAAAGGAGCGCAAGUAUUUUGACAGCGGAGACUACGCCAUGUCGAAGGCGGGCAAGGGCGACAGCGUCGACACCGGCAGCGUCGGCAGCCAGCACCCCGUCCCCGAGAACAUCCCCCACCUAACGUCGCCCAACGGCCAGAACGGCGGUGGCGUCGUCGCUCACCAGCACCACCCCAGCCUGCACGCUCACACCGGCCAACAGGUCACCUCCACCGGCAGCCCUAUCAAGGAGAGCAGCUUCCUCAACCGCGAAACCAGCGCCGACGAGAACGACACCGCUGAGAAUGGCGACAAGGAGAACAACGCUAUCAAUGCUGAAGCUGCCGGUACCGCGGUGAACGGCGAUGCUGCCAAAGCUAUCCCGAUCAGAAGAUAGGAUGAUAGUAAGACGACACUGCUACUAGGGCGGGACAAUGUAGGAUGAGGUGAGACGAGAUGAUUCAACGGGGGAUAGCGAAUGAACAGCGUUGGAUGCUACCUACUUACCUAAGAAAAGAGGCGCGUUAUCUAAAGGGUUUCCACCCUUCUCCCCAGCCCUAUCAUGCACGGCCAAGGGGAGCGCAUGUGUACGUUUUUUGCCCGUCGUUGUACGACCGAGUAGUUGCGCUGCGUUUUAUUGCGCGCGAGGGAGACGAGAAAGGUGCAAAGGGUGCUAGUUAGCCGGCUCCCUUUCAGGCCGAUGGGAAACGAGGGACUUUUUUUUAGUUACUUCUUUUUGAUUUUUAAUCCUCCCGCGGCGUUCGGGGAAACGGUGAUUUCGCGUGGUACUGGCAAAGGGAAAUCUUCGCAAUUGCAAAAAAUAUUACGGAUGAAACGACGCUGUGUCGUCGUCGUCGUCGUCGUCGUCUUCUAGGGUCUAUUCCCAAAUCCCAAAUCGAGAACUUUCGCUAAGAUCCCUGGUUCCUUUGCUUUUGUUUUAGUCUCUGUGUUCUGGCUUGGUUGACUUAGGUAUGUUUGGAACUGCUGCUAUUUAUUACUCUUGCCUGUAAAUGAAACAUGGGUUAGGCAUUGCUCUGGUGUCAGUGUCAGAUAGUUGUUUUUGAUAACGAGGGUUAAUAUCUCGGAAAAUCUGAAGUCGUUGUGCCGUG